UCAAAGUCAAAGGAAAAAAGAAAAACUAAGGAUGAUAAAUCUGAAACCCUAGUACAUCAUUCACCCUUCCUUGAAAUCCAAAGCAAUCCUUCAGCAUUUGCAGUGUUUGCAAAUGUUCGUCAUCUAGUGCUAGAGAAACAGAUGCAAGAUGCUACUCAGAUGUAUCUUCAAGCUUCAGGGAGCACUGUGUCUGACUCUGAAAGUGAGGAAGAGGAAGAAAAGUCCAAAGACACUGCUGUAAAAGUUCCAAAGAUUGUAGGCAUUGGACUUUGUAGUGUGUUUGAGUUAAUAAAAGAAAGCAGAAAAAAACAUCCAUCUUUAUGCACAAGAGCUCUUCAAGCUUUACUAGACAUGUUACAAGGUCAACAACCAGAAGGCUUAAAGUCUGAACCUUCAGAAAUUAUAGAUACCCUAUUUGACCUCUUACUGGAUAUAGCUGUUUCUCCUCCACCACCUGCAGACAAUGCUCUCAAUGCUGGAAAUCAGCCUUCUCUUACAGCAUAUGCAUGUGCUUGUCUUCUUAGUCUGGUCGUUGCCAGGGGAGACACAGGCAAACUUCUUAGUGCCACAUCAGCUCUACUGAUGAGUCCACGUGCUCUAGCUACAGAAGAAAUUCCAACUCCAGGAAUUAUGACAGCCCUUCAGAGAAGUGUCCAUGCUGUUCUUCUUGGGAAGACCAUACAACCUGAUUGGUUGACCCAUGGAGUGACAAAGUCAUCUCUCUGUGAUACUUUUAGUGUACAAAUACCACAAACCAAGGGAUUACAAGGUUGCUCAAUGGUGUCAGAUGGGAAGUACUUGUAUAUAUUGAAUAAUGGUACUUUCUAUAAAGUUGGGUCAGGAUAUGGGGGAACUGUAAAGGGGCAGAUAAUAAUUAGCAGAGGUGGAAUAAAAACUGAUGAUAAACCUUGGCUUGGAUUUUCUACGAAUCAUUUGUAUCUUCAAUCUCGGAUAGGACUAACAGGUGUCUUAGCAAAAAUUGAUAAAGAGACUUUAAGGGAAAAAGAACGUGUAUUGAUGGAUAUAACAGAAACAGGACCAAGUGCUUGCUUCAGUGAUGGUGAUACUAUAGGCAUGAUUACUGCAUCCAAAGAUGACAGUUUUGUAGUGAAAACCUUCAAUCCUUUAAACUCCCCCAUGCUCUGUGUUCGAGAGCUAACUCUGAAGCUGGCGAGAAAGUGUCUCGAUGUAUAUGGCUCAGGAAUUUUUGAUGAAGAAGCCCUUAGUCACACUGUGGUUUUAGGUACAGAAGAGGAACCAGCUAGUAUAGGAUGUGGGAAAGAUUUUGCAUUAGUUAGGACCUCAUCAGGAAAGAUACUGUUCACAGGAAAAGCUCAGAGUCUUGGGGUCAAACAGGCUAGCCCUGUGCCAGGAAAGUGGGCUGAUCUUCCCAUUACAAAGUCUCCUAAGAUUGUACAUUAUUCUGUUGGUCAUGAUGGUCUCCAUUCCCUCUUGGUUGCUGAAGAUGGUUCUGUAUUUUUUGUUGGCUUAGCAAGGCGAGGAGAGGAUGGAGAUCAGGUGAAAGGACGAAGACAGCCAAAACCAGUCAAGCCAAAGAAGAUGAUUAAGAUGGAGGGACGUCACAUUAUAACAACAGCUUGUAACAAUGGCACAAGUGCGUUGGUCACUAAUGAAGGUGAACUGUACCUUUUCGGUAAAGAUACUGCUCAUGCCGAUCACAACACAGGGUUAGUUACAGAGCUCAAAGAUGUUACAGUUAUGCAAGUAGCACUAGGGAAGGCUCAUGUUGUUACUGUAACUAACAAGGGCCAUGUUUAUACAUUUGGAAUUAAUCACAAAGGUCAGUGUGGUCGAGAGUUUUCACAAGGAGCUGGCAAGGAUGUGGCCUUGCCUGUUGCAAUGGCAACUGCCCCAGAAGAAGAAGGUGAGGAUGAGGAGUUAGAAUGUGAAGAACCAGAGAUCAUGUGUCCUCCUGGAAAACAUAACUGGAAACAAGACCACUGUAUGGUGUGUACAGUGUGUGGAGAAUGUACUGGUUAUGGGUCAGGAUGUAUAGCUAGUGGCAGGGCUGACAGAAACCCAGGAACAUUCUGUGGGUGUGGGGCAGGAGACUCUGGAUGUGCUGAGUGUGGAUGCUGCCGAACUUGUGCUAGAGAAAAUGAUCAGGAAGCAGACUUGGUUGCCUGGGGACAGCUAGCAGCAGGUGCGCUAUCAAACUUCAGACAAGGAAGAGGCAGUAGAAUUGGGGAACGUCUUCGCAAAAAGCUAGAAGAAUAUAGGAUACAAGAAAGAAGAAAACAGAUGUUGCAGUCAAUGAAGUCAAUGAAAUCUGUUCAACCAGGCCUUGGGGUUGCUCUACAACAGGAAUCAAAUGAAAAAUUUGCUGCUCUUGCCGGAGAAGAUGCUGUUGGCAGUGACCAUGAACGGGAAACAACAAAGCUGACUUCUCUCCCUCCAGGAAGAUUGUACUUGCCAAGUGAAGGUUCAGUGGUGCAAGUAGCAUGUGGCAUGCAUCAUACAGUUUUGUUGACACAAAAUGGUGAUAUGUACACAUUUGGCAGUAACCAACAUGGUCAGUUAGGGGUAGGAGAUUUCAACAUUAGAGGAACACCUUGUAUAGUUAAACUACAUGGUGAUGUGAAAAUAACAAGUGUUGCAGCAGGAAGUAACCAUACUGUGUUACUGACUUCUCAGGGUCAUGUCUACACAUUUGGCAGUUACCAGAAAGGACAGUUAUGUAGAACUCCACCUAUAGUAUCAUCUGAAAAUGGCAAAAAAGACAGACUACGAGAAAAAGAUGGGCUUUGGCAUGCUGUUCCAGGGCUUGUUCCCAAUAUUGGUGCUAAUCAUAGUAGACGAGCAACAUGGAUUGGAGCCUCAGGUGAUCAGACAUUUGUGAAAAUUGAUGAAUCUCUCAUCAACUCGCAUAAUCUGUCAAAAUCCAGCGUUGUGGCCAACAAAAACUGUAUAGCAAUCAUUCCACAUGUCAACGAAGGGGGAAGCUCAUUUAAGUGUUUGGUGAUAAAUAAAUUAGAUGGAAGCUGUAGAAGUUUCAACUCUCCUGACCAAGAAGACUUGCAGAAUAAAGCAAUUUGUUUAGAUAGUUUUUUCAACAUUUUGUGGAGUUACCACCCAAGCACACAACUUGUGAGUCGAUACAGCGUGGUAGCUGCAGAAGCUCGCCUUCUGUCGAGUUCUCUUAUAUCUCCAUCCCCAUCUGAUGUGGACACAAACACAAAUUCUCUAUAUCCUCUGCCUAGUGUUUUAAGCCCAGAGCUGGCUUUGCCUACUAAGAUUUCUAGCCCAAUGAGCCGGUCACAUGCAGCCUUACAUAUAUUAGCAUGUCUUGACACCCUGACUGCAGCAGAGAAGCUUCACCUUCAGGUGGAGGAUGAUGAGAAAACUAAGAAACAUUUGUCAAGGAUGUAUAGCAAGGAAGAUUUUUCUGUCGUAAAUCGGUUUGAAAGUCAUGGUGGAGGUUGGGGUUAUUCUGGUCAUUCCAUUGAAGCCAUUAGGUUCAUGGUUGACACUGACAUUCUUCUCGGAGGUUUUGGUCUGUUUGGAGGAAGAGGCGAAUAUACUGCUAAACUUAAACUGUUUGAUAUUGGAACUGAGGGAGGUGAACAGGAGACUGAUGGUGAUCUUCUUGCUGAGACUGAAGAAAUUCCUUAUGAAUGUGGAGCAAGACAGAAGUAUCCCAUGUUGUUUGAUGAGCCGGUAUCCAUAAUGGCUAAUAGAUGGUAUGUAGCUUGGGCAAGAAUAUCGGGGCCAAGCAGUGAUUGUGGUUCCAGUGGUUUGUCAGCUGUCACUACAGAAGAUCAGGUUGUAUUUUGCUUCAAAAGCUCAAAGAAGUCUAAUAAUGGAACUGAUGUUAAUGCUGGACAAAUUCCUCAGUUGUUAUACAGAGUGGUUGCACCAGAUAGUCAUUCUACCAAAAGAGUGCCUGACACAAUUGAACCACUCUGCAUUUUGAGUAAAGAAUUUUCAAGAACUGUUGUCCCAGAUUGUUUCCAUUCUCUACUAAAACUUCUGCGUUGGAGCUGGCAGACUUUCAAAGCUGGCUUAUGUGAAACAGCCCAGACGGCUUCUAUGCCGGCUACAGCAGCUUUGCUGGAUCUCGAGAGACUGAUUUAUAUAUGUGCUGCAAGUCUUCACUUGCUGCGUAUUUAUGUCAGUGAGAUCUAUCCGACUGUGCCAACUUCUAAAACUCCUGUGGAGUCUCCAAAACUAGCAGAAUGUGUAGGUGACACCAGAGCCUUGUUGAGACACAUCCUGUCUGAUCCUAUUCCAUUUGGAACUCUUCAAUCUCAUCGCACUGUGCCAGGCUACCCAAUGCCUUCCUCAUCUCUCUCUCUUCUUGCACGAAUGGUUCACACAAUACUGGAAGAAUGCCAUUUAACUUUUCUCUCUUGCUACCAUGCUUUUUACCCAAGUCCCAGUUUGAAGUGGAGAGGACUUUGUGACCUCCUUUUGACAGUUAAUGUUCCUUGGGAAGGAGAAAGUCCAGAAAAAGACCAUCUCCUUGCAGCAGUUCUUGCUUCUCUGUGUAGUCCAUCAGUUCGUCUAACUUCAACUUUACCCAUCACACUGGAUCACAACAGUGUUAUAGAUCAUACAGUUCAAAGUCCAUCUGAAGAAAAUCCAGAAAUGCCAACUCGAGAUUUGCUGUCUGGCUCAGAUCUAGAAAUAGUAGUAGACUCUGGUGAUGGAAAGAGAUUUCCAGUGCUGGUUGAAUGUAUGACAAGUAGAACAGAAAAAGAAGGUUGUCACUCGGGGCCAUGCACAUUUAAGGAUAUUUUAGAUCGACUUUUAUCCAUUGUUGUUGAACCCAUUCGAACAUUAUUAAGACAAGAUCCUAUUCAUCAUUCUCCAAAACUGGUGUCAAACACUUGUGCUCUUUUAAGUGCCAUUGUUGCUGAGCUAGCCUCCCAAACAACAGGGGCUGUGUUAGACUGGCAUGGAAUGGCUGGACAAAUACUUCAUACAACACCUUCAAGAUUUACUAGGGUUAGCCAGAAUCGAACAUGGAAUACUGGAAAUGGAUCUCCUGAUGCAAUAUCCUUCAGUGUAGACAGACCAGGCAUCAGUAUUGCUGGAGUGACAGUUUAUGGUGGUGUAGGAAGUGAAUGGAAUUAUGAGCUUGAGUUAUUGGAUGAUCAGAGUACAAGCAAUAGUGACCCUUCUCACAUUCAGCGUUGGAAGACACUUGAAGUUGUUCGUGGACGGUAUGGUCCUGAAGAUUGUUAUAGAGAUGUAGCUGAAAUGAAAUUUGAAAAACCUGUUCCAAUUAAGGAAAAUGUCAAGUAUGCUAUACGAUUACGAAACCAUGGAGCAAGGACGAACAAUGGGGACAGUGGUUUGACACAAAUUAAGGGCCCAGAUGGAACCAUCUUCUCUUUCACAGACUGCUCUUUAAGUUUUAAUGGUACAAACCACACUAGAGGUCAGAUACCUCAGAUUCUCUAUUAUAUCACACCUCAAGACUCGGAUAACCAACAAAGCCUGUAUGAUCUAGCAGAACUACAAGCUCGAAAGAAUGUUUUAGGUAUUUGUGAAGCUGUCAUGAAAGCGGCAGCAGAACUUAUGCUAGAAGCCCAAGCAGAAGAAGAGGAGGAUGUUUUGGCAGGUAUCGGGAACUCUCAUCUAGUCACAAUGCUACUUCCAAUGUUGAUGGCUCAUCUCUGUUCUGUAUCUACCUCUGAUCCAAGGUGUGCUGUGCAGGUUCUGCAUAUGGUACAGGAACUUCUUCCUCUGGUGGCCACAGUGAACAAGCGAGGAGUCAAGUGUAUUACUUCACCUACUAAAGGAACAGAGUCAUUUUUUGUGGGAGAGACUUUAGACUCUUCCCUAUCAACAACUUCUUCACAUUAUGCUAGCGUUGAAAGUGACCACCCUUACCGUCCAGCUACAGUUUCUAAUUAUAGGGUGGCAUUUCAUAGUUCAGUCCAGUGGAUGUCAGUUGAGUUUGAUGCUCAGUGUGCAACUGCUCAGGCUGAGGAUAGUUUACAGUUAUAUGUGCCAUGUAAGAACUUCCAACAUGGUGUUCCUCUCCCAAGUGCCCAUGGAGUUACUGUGGUUGGAGACCAGGACAUUGAUGAUGAAAGCUACACUCCUUACUGGCCAAUCAUGAAAAAGUUUAGUGGAAGCAAUGACUGGCCACAGUCAGCUCUAGUUCUGCCAGCUACUUCCUUGUCGGAGAGACCCAAACCUGAAAACACUUCCAAUGUCGUAAAUCUGUCCUCUAAUACAUUAACUGAAACUCAACACAACCUUCUCAGUAAAGGUCUCAACUUUUUUCCUACCCCUAAGAACAUAGAUGAUUUUGAAGUUAUUUCCGAACUUACUGAAUUUGUAUGCAGAUUAAGACUUCAGGAAUUUUUCCACAAUAAACCACUAACGCAAACAAUAUCGGUACACAGUUUGAAGAAAAAUCCACCUGGUGACCCUCCAGUCAACAGAGAACCACACUUAGAGAGCUUUAUUAUUGCAAUUGAGAAUGAAGUAAUUCAAGCCAUUAACUCUGACUUAAAAGUAUGGAAUAAUCUCUCCUACAACGAACAUGCUGCUCUAAUUUAUCUGAAACAUGACAAUGAUGUUAUUAUUAAACAAGCUGACAAGGGCAGCACCAUUGUCAUUCAGGAUAAAUCUGACUGUAUUAACGAAGCUUAUCGACAACUUAAUGACAUAAACUACUAUAAAAAAUGCAUGCCAAAGUUAACUUUAAUGCGACACCCGGUGGAAGUUAUCCCUGCAAUGGCAAAAGUUGCCAAACCUGUGUACAGCUCCCACUCUUCUUUGCUGUCCAAAGGAUUUAUCCUUGCCCAUCCUCCCACUAUCCAUCAAGCCCUAGAAGGAGUACUUCCUUUCAGUAGUCAGUCAAAUGAGCGUCUCUUCUUGAAAGACUUUGUUGCUUGUACUCCAGGAACCAGUGGAGGACGUCUUGCAAGAUGGCUUCAACCUGAGUCCUUUGUUGACCCCAAGCAGUGUGACCUUUUGUGUAGUCAGGAGGAAGUAAAGUGUGGCUGGCCAGCUGUUAUCACAGUUGUGGCUCGUGACCAGUAUGGAAAAAUUGUCCAUGUUCCUAAUCUAAAGGUUGAGGUGAAAGCAGUGCCUAUGAAUCCUUGUGAAAAAGAUGGGAAUACCAUGGACACAAAUAGGAAGCUACCUAGAGUUAGUAAACCAGAGACUGGUACACUUACUUUUGGAGGUCACCCUCCUCCUAAUCUGGAAGUACCAUAUGAGAUUACUGUAAAGGAAAAGAUGUUCUACUAUUCUAUAACCCUUAUGAAGGCUUAUGAAAAUUACUCCUUUGAGGAACUCCGAUAUGUGUCACCGACCAAAAAAAGACUGAUUGAAAACAUGCUGGUCAGGGCCAACAGUGAUGGAACUUACACGGCUAAUUGGACUCCUGGGUCUGUCGGCUGGUAUCAACUGCAAGUGGCUAUUGAUGGUUUUGAUGUUGGGGGCACACAACGAAGGCAGGUUGAAGUUAAAGAACCCCCACAAGGCAUGUUAUUGCCAUCAAAGCAAAUCAAAGAGAAAUUUCCUCACCAACCAAGCAGAUUACGCAAGUUCAUGGCCCAGUAUAGUGCAGGACUUAGAAUUCGAAGUCACCCAUCAUUACAGAGUGAACAAAUUGGCAUCAUACAAGUGAAUAGCACAAUAACCUUUAUAGAUGAGCUACACAAUGAUGAUGGAGUGUGGGUUAGGCUCAGCCCUGAAACCAUUAAGAAGUACUGUCACAAUGGUUAUGUUGAAGGCUGGUGUUUACAGUUUAAUCAACACUUGGGCAAGACAUUGUUAUAUCCAGUAGAAGAACCCAAGUCUGUGCUUGCAGAGUUUUUUAAGGAAUCAAAUUCACCAGUAAAGAAACCUCCUGAAAACAAGUUACCUCACACCAAAGGUUCAGGUGUUUAUUAUGUUGUUAAAUGUGGGGCCUCUGGCCAUAAUGUUCGUAGCCGUCCAAGUUUAAAGGCACCUCCUGUGGGUAUGCUGGUACUGGGAAAUACUGUCACUGUUAUGGAAGAUGUUUCAAACACAGAUGGCUGUUGGGUAAAGUUGGACAGAGACAGCAUGCAGAGGUACUGUUUCAACAUUGAUGGUGAAGCAUGGUCACUAGCCCAGAGUCGUACAGAAAUGAUCUACUUACAGCAUGAAACAGAGGUCAUGCAAGCUGGUGACAGUGAUGAGGAAAGAGACAAACCAAACCCAUUUGGCCUACCUGUGGAACCUGUACUUUCCUCUGGGGCUCCAGGACUAUCUCCAUUUGGGGCAUCACAGAGCUACAGGAAGGGAUACGACUUUGCUAGUGUAGCAUCCCAUUCACCUGUUUUUGGAGGCCUCAACCCUGCAGGAAUGUUUACAUUUGGUAGUGGAACUUCAGAUCAUGAAGGGGGAUCUUCUGGCUCAGCCAGUCCUUUUGUGUUUGGAUCCCCAGUUUCAACACCAUCCACUUCAAUGAACACUUUGGCAGAAUCUGAGAAAACAGAGACUGAUCGGUCAGAAAGAGAUUCACUCAGUAGUGGAGGUAGAGUUGCAGCUCUACAGAAGUGGCUUAGGGAGGAAGUGAUUCAUCGUACAAGCAGUGACUUCCGUAUUACACCACCAUCACUGCCAAGAGAUGUUCCACCUGAGCUUCAAGGAGUCUCUGUGAAAGAACUUGUAAAAGCAAUAGGAGAAAGUCGUGCUAAUGGGAAUGCUGCCACUCCCCCUCGUACUCCACCUUCAACUCCUCCUGUUAUUAGGCGAGCUUCUCGCAGUGUUAGCCCAAAGCCUUCCACUGGAUCUCCCAAACUUUCAAGUCGUAGUUCUAGCCCUAUAGCAAUUCCUGCUCGAUCUAUGAGUGUUGGGCCUACCUGUGCUCUCCACCUGGAACAUGGUUACCUUGGUGAGACACCAUCUGUUGGUGCUUCACCAAAAAAUUAUGGAAAACCUUCACGGGUUACACAGACUUUGUCUCAAGAUAGUGUCAACUCUUCUCCUUCAGUUGCUGUAACCAAAGUGACACCUGCCACUCCUCAUAGAGGAUCUCUUCGUAGUGAUUCCAGUGUCAGUUCUCACCUUGGAAGUAUUUUGCGGGAAUUGUCUCACAGUUCUGCUACUGGCUGCAUGGGUUGUAUAACCCAAAGAAACACUAUAAGUCCACUUAGCACACCUGGAACAACUCCGGGAACUCCAGGAACACCCAAAAAGGAAGUAUCUACAAAUCCAAGCACUAAGUGUGUAACACAAGCAGGCACACAGACAAGUCCAGAUGAAAGUGUGAAAAGUCAUUUUAGUAUUGGUAGUAAAAGUGGAAAAGAAGAAUUGCCACGCCUCUCCCCCAAGAUGUCUCGUAAAGAGCGUGGUUCUAGACAACUACGAAGCAAGAGAGAUAGGGCCCAUUCUCCAGCUUCUCUGAGUCAUGAAAAAGGACCUAAAGAGAAGUCAUCAAGUAAAGAACCAGUUAAAGAAGCUGUGUCACCCUCAGUUGCAGAAUGUUUGCGUGCUGUGUUUGCUGCAUUUUUAUGGCAUGAGGGCAUCAUUCAUGAUGCCAUGGCUUGUGCCUCUUUUCUGAAGUUCAAUCCAAAUUUGUCCAAACAUCUGUCCUAUAGGUCACGCAGCGACACCAAGAAUAGGAAGGAAGGUGGGUCUCUGACUAAAGAACAGAAAGCACGAUUUCGACACUCUGUUGAAGUUUCAGCACACAAUCUGCUUAAUAUUCAACCCUCAUCUCUUGAAGCCUUGACUCAACUACCACUUAAUGCUAAUAUCAAUAAAAACAAAAUGCGAAAAACUUCAGCACCGAUCACAGAGGAAAUGGACUCUCCUGCAACUACAGCUUCCAAAGAACAACAAACCCAAAGUAGUGUUCGAACUUUCACCUCAUGUGGUACUGGUUCCAAGUCAUCCAGGAACACAGAACUACCACAGUCUUUGCAAAAUAUGGUAAUUUUAUGGGAACAUAUAUCAGCUGCCAGCCAGAGGGCCAUCAACCAACAGCUCAUAUUUCCUGGACCAAUGGGCUCAGCCAAGGUCCUUCAGCGAGCAGAAAAAGAAAAACCUGAACCAGAGAAGGAUAAGAAAUUAAGAAAGAAAGAGUUUAAACAGAAUAGACCUGUACGUGGUAAUUUGUUUGGUGAGGCAAGCGGUGGUCCUGUGGGCGGAGUCGAGAAAGAGACAAUGUGUGAACUAUGUGGUCAGUUGUUUCCUCACCCUGUUACUUAUCACAUGCGUCAGGCUCACCCAGGGUGUGGGGACCAUGCAGGUGGCAAGGGGUACAAUAGUGGAGGUAAUUUUUGUGGAGGCUGGGCAGGGAACUGUGGUGAUGGAGGCAUGGGAGGCAGUAGUUGGUACCUGAUAUGUGAUCGUUGUCGUGAAAAGUAUUUAAGACAAAAGAAACAAAGUGCAGUGAAGGACAAAACAAAGAAAUCUCGGAAAAAAUCAACCCUGACAAAACUUCUGUCUCCUCUUCCACCAAUGGAGGCUCAUCAAGUGAUGAAUAAUGCUCUGUUUCUUCUUGAAAUUUCAAGUGCAGCUGGUUCUGGUCUUCCAUCUAAAGCAGUCACUCCUCUACGGUUGAAUUCAUACAAUGGGAUGCCAUGCUUAAGAGAACAACAUUCAAUAAUGGAGAACGGUCCAUUCCCUGUGACCUCUUUCCAGUGUCUGGAAAUGUUAGGGGUACAACAAGCAUAUAACACAAUGCUUGGAGAAGAAUUCCUCUCGGAAGAGGAAAUACGGGCUUUUCAGGUAGGCAAUGAAGGCAUGAGCUACACAGCAGGACAGAAUGAUUCACCACAGGGUAUCAUGCGUUCCAUCACAAUGAAUGGAGAAGGAGAUCUGAAUACAGGCAGUAGUGUUCUUCGACGAGAAAGAAGGAGAACCAGAGGAUCAAGGGAUUCUUCUGGUAGACCUUUUCACAGGUCUAUAUCAGUUGGGUUAACCAUGAAAGAUUGGAACAAGCAAGAUUUAGAAGGACUCAGUGAUGGGCGUGUGGUAAUGACAAGAAAACGAAACAAUAGCAGUGGUUGUGAAGAAGGGAGCUCUUCAUUUUUGUGUCAGCCAUCCAACACCUUGACAAAACUGAUAUCCAUGGCAACAGAACGAGCUGGGGCAGUAAUGGAAUUUCCUUUACGGCGUCCAGUUAUGAUGUUCAUUUUACAGCGACUAGAUUUGGAGAGUCUACAACUGGCCAUGAAACAAGCAUUGAGAAAAGCUGCUUGUCGUGUCUUUGCUAUGCAGGCACUAAACUGGUUGCUACGAAGUGUGACCCAACCUACUUCUCUUCAUGAUGUUCUGUGGUGUUUUGUGGCAGCUCUUUCUCCUUCUCCACCUGAUAGAAGUGAAGAAGAAGAGGGAGACCAAGAAAUUGGAGAGAAAAAAGAGCAUGACACUCAGCAAGAACGGGAGUUGGGUGUUUGUGAACACCCUCUGUCAGACAUCACCAUAGCUGGAGAAGCAGCAUAUCCAUUGCCACAGACCUUUCAUGAUCUUCUUCAAACAAUUUCUGACUUAAUGAUGCUUUUGCCAAUGGGCUCGGCCCUCCAACAGAUGGCCAUGCGGUGCUGGUGUCUCAAGUUUCAACCUUCAGACCAUACUUUUCUGCAUCACAGUCACGUGUUCUCUAACAUCAGCAAGAUUUUAUCCCGUUCGGAUGAAGAAGGGGAUGAUUUGAUGGGGAGUCAGGUUGAGGUGGGACAGGUAACAGCAAUAGUAGAAUCUCAGAAGGAUGUUACCCCAAUGAUGGAUAUCAAAACUUCAAGCCGUCAGGCUAUGGUUGGUAGCCUCACAGACAAUUCUACAGAAACUUUCUGGGAAAGUGGAGAUGAAGACAGGAAUAAAACAAAAAUUAUAACUAUAACAUGUAAUGCUCAAGCUCAGCCCAAGACAGUCUAUCUGCAUAUAGAUAACUGUAGAGACUUGGGGAAUAAAGUGUCGAGUGUAACGUUCAAGUCGGGACCAAACCAAGAUGAAUUUCGUAAACUAAAACAGCUUGAAGUAGAAAGUAGGUAUGCUGGUUGGGUUAGCUGUUCUAUACCAGAUGCAGGGAACACAGUCAUUCGGCUUGAAGUCAAAGGUCCAGAUAACACACUCAGACUUCGCCAGGUCAAAGUUUUAGGCCAACAAGGACAAGUCAUCGUAGCAGCCAAGGCAUUAAAUGCAGGUCAUAUUCAACAACGAAACUGUGAGUCUGAAACCUUGAAAGUUUUCAGACUUCUUACUUCACAGGUGUUCGGAAAACUGAUCAUCGGAGAGGCAGUGGAGUUAAGGGAAAGAAAAGAGUCAGAUAAUAGAAGUGAUAAACAGCAGCCUGAGGAAGGAAGUAGCAACGAUUUAAAAGAACACAUGGUUGGAAUUCUCUUCAGUCGCAGCAAUAAACUAACACAUCUGCAAAAGCAGGUAUGUGCACACAUUGUAGCAGCAAUCCGUAAAGAGGCAGCCAGGGUGCGAGAAGAGUGGGAGGCUCUUCUAUGUAGCAAGUCCCAGUCUGUGGAAGAACUACCAAAAUCCUCAGAUGCAUAUUGCUUUGAGAUGCUUUCCAUGGUAUUAGCUCUCAGUGGAUCAGCAGUUGGACGGACGUACCUUGCCCAGCAAGGGGGAUUGUUGCGUGACCUACUUAGCUUACUACACACAGGAUCGGCUCGUGUCCAGAGACAAGUCACCUCCCUCCUUAGAAGAGUGCUUCCUGAAGUCACCCCACAGGCUCUAGGAUCUAUUCUAGGAGUACCUUCAUUACCCCCUACAGAUUUCAGCAUCAUUUCAGAAGCCAGUAAAAUGCAAAAUGGGGUAGCAGCAUUUGAUAUCCACAGGAUAGGAGUUUUAGAUGUCUUUCUAGCUUGUGUUGCCAAGGCACUGACUGUCCAAUCUAAAGUAAAAGGUGCUGGUGCCACCAGUGGCAAAGGGAUUACCACUGUAACUCUUGCCACAUCCAUUCAUCCUAGAGACUUUGUUGGUGCUCGUUGGUGGCUUCGAGGCUGUAUGGCUCGCAAGUUAGCUGAGGUCAUUAUACAACUUUUAAAGGAUAUGGCUGCUGGAAAGUUAACAGAAGCAUGGGCUACUGUUACAAAAGGUGCCAUAGCAGAAAAUGUAUUAAAUUUGACCAAGUUGGAAGAGCAUUACAGGACCCCUCAGGAAUGUUUGAGAACACCCACGUUGUGGUUGGCCCUAGCAUCUCUGUGUGUCCUUGACCAUGAUCAUGUCGAACGAUUAUCAUCAGGCCAAUGGGUCGGAGCCACAGAUGGUCAGCCAUCACAUCAUAGGCCUACUUGUGACAACCAUGAUGAUGGAGAAACUUUGGCUAUCAUCUUGUGCAAUACCUGUGGCAACUUGUGUGCUGACUGUGAUAGAUUUCUACACUUGCACAGAAAGACCCGUUCCCACCAAAGACAGGUAUUUAAAGAAGAAGAAGAGGCCAUCAAAGUUGACUUGCAUGAAGGCUGCGGGAGGACAAAACUUUUCUGGGUUAUGGCUCUAGCAGACUCUAGAACCUUGAAGGCUAUGGUAGAGUUCAGAGAGGGAACAAGAGAUAAGACAACCACUUCCUCAGGAACAUGUAGAUUUUGUGGGGCUACAGGUCAAACUGGAUUACUUGCCAUCGGUAAUGUUUGCAGUGAACCAGAAUGUCAAGGGCAUGCUCGCGGUGCUUGCACAAAGCUCCUGCCUUGUGGCCACAUGUGUGGGGGAAUACGCAACGAGAACACUUGUUUACCAUGCCUGCACGGUUGUAACGGCGAAGCUUCUGGACUGCGGCAGGAUGGGGACGACAUGUGCAUGAUCUGUUUUACAGAGGCACUGGCUUGUGCCCCAGCUAUUCAGCUUAAAUGUGGACACGUUUUUCAUCUUCACUGUUCCCGUGCUGUUCUAAGUAAACGAUGGUUAGGACCACGAAUAACUUUUGGAUUCUCUUUAUGUCCAAUUUGCAAGGCUCCAAUGGAGCAUCUAGUGUUAAAAGAUCUUCUUGACCCAAUCCGUGCCCUCUAUGAGGAUGUAAAGCGUAAGGCCCUUAUGAGGCUAGAAUAUGAAGGAUUACACAAAGCUGAAGCUAUCACAACCCCAGGUGCUCGAUUUUAUUCAGACCCAUCAGGGUUUGCCAUGGAGAGAUAUGCUUAUUAUGUUUGUUUCAAGUGUAAAAAGGCCUACUAUGGGGGAGAAGCAAGAUGUGAUGUUGAAGCUGGAAUAGCUGAAGAUUACGACCCAACAGAGCUUGUCUGUGGAGCUUGCUCAGAUGUUUCCCGAGCUCAGAUGUGUCCAAAGCACGGAACAGACUUUUUGGAGUACAAAUGUCGCUACUGUUGCUCAGUGGCUGUCUUUUUCUGUUUUGGCACAACACAUUUCUGUAAUGCUUGCCAUGAUGAUUUCCAGCGAGUAACAAACAUACCAAAAAAUGAAUUACCUCACUGUCCUGCAGGUCCAAAAGCCAAACAGCUGGAAGGAGAGGAAUGUCCGCUACAUGUGAAACAUCCACCUACAGGGGAAGAGUUUGCACUUGGUUGUGGUGUCUGUAGGAAUGCUCACACAUUCUAAAAGAUGAUGAGGGAUGGUGUAGUUGAAUAAUACACUUGUAAUAUAGUCUGUGGAAAAUUCCUUACAAAAAUUUGGGGUAGUAAUGAAAAAGGUCUUUCUAAUCAACACUGUGGUUUUUACAUAAUGAUUAAUGUUUAAAACAACAUUGGAGUGGAUGGGUUCUGCAAGAUUGUGAUUUGCAGACAUUUGAAAACUUAAGGUCAGUUUUGUAUGCAUCAUUACAAUAUAGUGUUUUAGUGUUUUUCUUUUCUAGAUACUCCAAUAAAGAUAUAUAUGGCAAAAAGUAUUAUAAAACCAAUAUUGUGUGUAAGUAUUGAAUUCUGCCAGUUAUAGCUGGUAAGUGGUUCAUUCAUUCAUACAGCAGUGUUAUUUAGUACAGUUUUAUGUUCAGGAAUUAUCUUGUACAUAUUAGUUGUUACCCCUAAAUAUAGAAUGUGAACAAACUUCAAGUUUGAAUCAUUUCACCAUCUGUCUCCAUUACAGAUUUUUAGUAUACUUUGUGUAAAUUUUUUUUUUGUCAGAAGAAAAUGAGAGUCUAAUACAGGCAAGUUAAUUUUUAUGCUGUGAUAUGUUUGUAUCAUAUGUGUCAUUGAUUUCUGUUUUCAUUUGAUGUUGCCCUGAAGUAGAAGCAAUAUUAUAUCCUGUUAACAAUGAAUCAAAAAGUUGUGAAGCUAUCUAUAUAGUACAAUUUUGGCUUGAUAUUUAACCUUCAUUGCUUUAAGUAAAACUUUUAUUAUCUUUUUCCAUACAUUUCUAAUUUCUGUGUUCUUCCUCAAUAUGUAAGUGAUGAAACUUGAAGAUGCAGACCUUCCAGAGUCUCUAUCUAAACUUUAAAUCUCAAUCCUUGAAUUAAUGUUUUGUUAAAGUUUGUGUAAUUGUCUUGUUUUGGCACAUUUCCUCAAUGUUAAAUGACGUGGCUUGAAGAAGAUCCAGACCUUCCAAAGCUGGUGUUUCUGAAAGAAGGAACUUGAAGAGUGUUUCUUGUAACUUGUUAACCCGAAUCAUUUUUGGGUUCGAUUGUAACUAAAAAAAAAUAAAUAAUAAUAAACAUUUUAUCUGGUAA